AUGAAAGUAGCGUACUCUUGGAAGUUUCCGGGAAAAUCUGCCUUUGAAACAAAAGUUCUCCCCGUUUUAUCUAAAUGCAAUUUCUCUACAUCAAACAAACUUUCAAAUGCAAUGCUACAUGUGUUUUUGCUCGAAAUGAUAAUCGACAGAUGUUUGUUAAUAUUUCAAAUCCUGAGCCAUCUAUGCAAGACAGUUUGUCAUCACUUAUGCUCAUCUUACGAAGACUCAAACUCAUUAAGUUCUUGCAUCAAUGAACAUGUUUCAGUUGUAUUUUACUUGAUCAGCUUGAUUGGUGCUAAUACUAAAACAAAGGAAGCAGUGUUCCUUAAAUAUGAUGAAGGAAUCCAAGAAAUGUAUUAUGAGACUGAAAGGUUGACGGACAGAAAGAUCGCUGCAGAUACCAUUAAAUGGAUUGCCGAUGUCGAACGCCAUUAUAAGUCCUCUUCCCAAGCACCUUCAGAGUUAACUAAUAAGAAUGGUGAGUUGGAAACUAGAUCACAAGGAACACAAGCUACAAUCUACGAAAACCAAGGCGAAAACUCUUCACAACUGUUUUCAUCAGUGAUUCAAGUUUUAUCAAAAUGUUUAGUAAAACCAAUGGACACAUACAAUCUGCCUUCUGAAACGGGACGCUUUAUAAGUGAAGUAAAGAAUUUAUCAGGGUGGACUGGAUGUAAAGUAGACGAGUCAAAAUCUCUUUUCUUCUCUGUUGAACGAGACAUUACACGUUUGAUCAAAUACUUGGAAACAAACAGUUCAUCGAUAAAAAUAAUGGAGGAACAAUUAAAUUUAGUUAAGAAAGAGAACGUUCAGCUUUCUAAAGAAAUUUUAGAUAAACAAUAUGAGUUCAAAACGGCUCACGAAGAUUUAUCUAAAGAAAUAAGAAAUUUAAGUAAGAAGAAUAUUGAAUUAAAGGAAGAAAACACAAAUAUCAAAACCAAAGUGAAGAAUUUACAUAACAUGAUAAAGAUUAAAGAAUCUCGGACACUCGAAUUGGAAAAUCAAUGUGAAGUAAUCGAAAACAACAUAGAAAAUUUACAAAAGCUUUGUGAUGUUGAUACAAUUCAAUCAAAUGAAAUCAAUUCACCUUCAAAACCAUCAUGUGUCAUUGAAUCUUGCUUAUUGAAACUUCGACAUAAACUAGAAAAUACUAAUGAUGAAUGUCAUCGUAUUUCAAAACUAUUAGAAAUGAAAGAAAUGGAAAAUCAUAAUAUGAAUUCACAAUUAUCGUUGCUUACUACAAAACAUGAAAAACUUUCAACAAGAAUAAAUCAAUUAACUAGUAAUAAUGAACAAUUAGAAGAAGAAAUUGUAAAAAAGAAUAAUUCAAUUGGAUAUUUAACUUCUCAAUUAACUAAUUCUAAUCAAAAAAUAUCCGAAUUAGAAGGUUCCUUACAUGACAUCCAAACCAAGUUAAUAGAAAGUGAAGAAAUUCAAAAAUCAACUAAAUUGAAUCUUGAACAAGUUAAAUUAGAAAAUAAUGAAUUACAUGAAAAAUUGAAUAAAUUAAAUGAAUAUCUUUUGAAUAUGGCUCAAUAUCCAGAUUUAAAUGGACCAAUCAUAUUUGAGAAUGAAAAUAAUGAAAAAAGUGUUGAUGAAGAAUUGAAAGGACAAAUACGAGCAAAUGAACUUAGAAUUACUCUUUUAAUGGAACAAACUAAACGAUUACGUAAUGCAUUAUUAGUGAUAAAUGAUAAAAAACAAAGUAUGAAUGGUAACAAUAAUAAUCAUAAUAAUGAAAUUCAAUUAAUGAACGAAACUACUGAAUUAAUGUCACCUAAAAUUGAUCAUUUACUACUUACUGAUGAUAAUGAUAAUGCAGCAAGUAUAAUUCGACUGAAUUCUAUCUCAUCAUUUGAUAAUAUUUUAUCAGAUCAUCAAUCUAUGAAAGAAGAUCAUAGUCGUAUACGUCAAAAAACAUAUACAAAACCCAAUAUCAUUUUCAGUGAAGUAAAUGGGAAUCAUUCAAGUGUCCAAUUAUGGUCUGGACCAAGUACAACAAGCAAAGGAUCAAGUCGCCCGCAAUCAAGAAAAAGGAAAUAA